AUGGAACUUUUGGGUACUUUAGAAAGUAAACAAAGAGUAUUAACAGUCUAUCUUGAGGGUGGUGAGACGAUAGAUUAUGAUGAUGCUGUCGAUUUAGGAGAUGACAUAGAAGAGCAUGGGGGUAUAGAGGGGCAGGGGGGGCAGGGUUCUGAUGAUGAGGAAGAAGAAUUAGAUGGUUUAGCAGAUGAUGAAUUAGUUUCAGAUGAUGAAGAGUAUCUACACUCUAGGAGAAAGUUAGCAAAGGUUGCAAAUAGGGCCAAUAUCUUCGAGUUGAUCGAUGAGGAUGUCUUAACAGAACAAGACUUAGGAGGGCAGGUUGAUGUAGAAUUUGAUUAUGCUAAUAGUGAGGGUGAUGUUGAUUCUUCUGACCCUAGUGAAGAGGAUGAUGUGGUUAGGGUAAGAAGGGAGAAACCAGUGUACGACCCUAAAUGCAACCAUAAGGAGUUGGAUCUGUGUCUAGGACUAAAAUUUCAAGAUGGUUGGGAAUGCAAAGCUGCAAUCCAAAUUUGGGCAAUAGAGAAUCACAAAUGUGUUCACUUUAAAAGAGUUUCAAAUGAUAAGUGUGAGGCAUUCUGUAAGUCUAGUUGUCCAUGGAGGAUUUAUGCUAGCAGGGUAAGUGGAGAUGGUGCAUUCAAGAUCAAAACCGUAGGGGGUAAGCAUAGAUGUGGAAAGGCCAUGAACAAUAAGUUGAUGAGUAGUAAUUGGAUAGCAAAGAGGUACCUCAAUGUCUUUAGGGUUAGACCUCAUCUUUCUAUGCCUGAAUUGAGGGAGGACAUAUGGCUGAGAUUUUCAACAAAAGUGCACAAGGAUAGGUUGUACAGAGCUAGGCAAAAGGCUCUUGAGCUCAUUAGAGGGACUGUGGAUGAGCACUAUGGGCUCAUUAGGAGAUAUUUGGCUGAAAAUAGGAGGGUUGACCCAGAGGGUAGAUUUGAAUUGCUCUUGGGGGAGGACCAUGUAUUCAAGGGGUUGUACAUGGGCUAUAGCUCCCUCAGGAAGGGUUUUAAGGCAGGUUGUAGGCCUGUGGUUGGGCUAGAUGGGUGUCAUUUGAAGACAUACUUAGGAGGGAUACUUCUCUGUGCUAUAGGCAAAGAUGGGAACAAUCAAAUGUAUCCCAUAGCAUGGGCAGCAGUUGAGAUUGAAAACGAGCAGUGUUGGACAUGGUUCAUGAAGUGUUUAGUUGAAGAUUUUCAAAUUGGAAGUGGUGAUGGCUGGACCUUUAUAUCAGACCAACAAAAGGGACUUGAAGCAGCUGUAAACCUUCUUGUACCAUAUGCCGAGCAUAGAAAUUGUGCUCGGCAUGUGUACAUGAACUGGAAAAAAGAUCACAAAGGCUCUAUGCUCAAGAACAUUUUCUGGAGGGCAGUGAGAGCAACUUAUUUGGAGGACUACAAACAAGCAAUUGAGGACAUGAAACAGGAAGAUGUGGCUGCAUUUCAGGACUUCAUCAAUAGGGAUGUGAAGAGAUUCUGCAAGGUAUUUCUUUCUACCAAUGUGUGCUCUGAUAUGGUGGAUAACAAUAUAUCUGAGACAUUCAAUGGAUAUAUCUUGAAUGCUAGAGGAAAACAUGUAAUACACAUGUUAGAGGAGAUCCGGAUAAGCUUGAUGGUUAGGCAGGUGAAGAAGUUAGGGGAUAUUGAGAAAGUUGAUGACAUUUUGACUCCAUUGAUUAUGCAAAAAUUGGAAAAAUUGAGUACACAAUCUAAACACUGCAUUCCUUACCCUGCAUUAGGGGGUAAGUUUGAAAUAGACAUGGAAUGUGAUAAGUUUGUAGUCAAUGUAGAAGCUAGAACAUGCACUUGUAGGGUAUGGCAGAUGGUGGGCAUUCCUUGCAUCCAUGCCAUAGCAGCCAUUGAGUUUAUGGAGCAAGACCCUGCAAAGUAUGUUAAUGACUUCUACACAGUUGUAACAUACAAAAAAGCUUACGCAUUUGGAUUAGAGCCUCUGAAUGGCCAACGGUUGUGGCCGGUUGUGGAGGGAUAUGUUGUCAAACCCCCUGCCAUCAGGAAGAUGCCAGGCAGGCCUAAGCUCAAGAGGAAGAGGGCAGCCCAUGAGGUGGAUCCGAGCAACCCAAACAAGCUUUAG